AGCAAAGGGGCGGGCAGAGAGUUAGGUCACGGAAGCGUGGCAUGCCGGGAAAACACGUGUAGCAGGAGACCGGAGAGAUAUCGGUGACGCUGUGAUUUUCGCCGCCAUGUCGUCCAAAAAGAAGCAGGGCGCCGAUGAGCGUUUCCUGCGUGUGCAGAAAGACCCUCGCUUCUGGGAAAUGCCCGAGAGAGAACGCAAAAUCAAGAUCGACAAGCGUUUCCAGUCCAUGUUUCACGACGAGCGCUUCAAGGUGAAAUACACCGUCGACAAACGAGGCCGUCCCAUCAACCACACCUCCACCGAGGACCUGAAGCGCUUCUACAAACUCUCCGACUCAGAGGAGGAGGAAGAAGAAGAGGAGGGGGAUGUGAAGAGGAAGAAGGCGGAGGGCAAGAAGAAGAAGAAGAAAAAAGUGAAGGAGAGUCUGAUGAAGGCUGAUGCAGACGUGAAGAAAGGAAAAGCAGCGCAGAGCAGAGACGUUAAAGCUGAAGUGAAGCAGCCUGAACGAGGAGUCCGAGUCUUUGAAGAAGGGGAAGAAGAUGAGGAAGAGGAGCAGCGUCCUGCAGAGGAAGAUGACCUUGGAGACAGUGUCACAGAGGGGAGCGAGGAGGAAGAUGAGGAUGAUGAUGCAGAGGAGGAGAGCGACGCGGGGAGCGGAUCGGACGAGGAGGAGGAGGAGGAGUCCGGUCUGGAUUCAGGGGACGACAGCGACAGCGGGCCGGAUCUGGCCAGGGGGAAGGGCAACAUAGAGACCAGCUCAGACGAAGACGACGACGACGACGACGUGGACGCCAUCCUGCGGAGAGAGGAAGAGGAAAUCGAACACGACUGGGGAGAGCUGUGCAAAGACGCUCCGCGGAGCGACGAGGUUUCUGGCCGACUGGCCGUCUGCAACAUGGACUGGGACCGGAUGAAGGCCAAAGAUCUGCUGGCUCUGCUCAACUCCUUCACACCUAAAGGAGGAGCUGUGCUGUCUGUCAAGAUCUACCCGUCAGAGUUUGGGAAGGAGAGGUUGAUGGUGGAGGAAACGCAGGGACCUCUGGAGCUGAAAGCGCUGCCUGACGACUCCGAGGACGACACAGAAGAAGAGAAGGUUUACAGGGAGAAGAUGCGUGACUACCAGUUCAAACGUCUGAAGUAUUUCUACGCCGUGGUGGAGUGCGAUUCGACCGACACGGCCGCCAAGAUCUACGAGGAGUGUGACGGCUACGAGUACGAGAGCAGCUGCUCCGUUCUGGACCUCCGGUUUAUCCCUGAUGACGUCACGUUCGACGAGGAGCCCAAAGACGUGGCGACAGACGUGAACCUGACGGCCUACACGCCCAAACUCUUCACCUCAACCGCCGCCUCCACCUCGAAGGUGCAGCUAACGUGGGACGAGACAGAUCACGAUCGCGUCACCGCCCUGAACAGGAAGUUCGACAAGAAAGAGCUGCUGGACAUGGACUUCAACGCCUACCUGGCCUCCUCCAGCGAAGAAGAAGAAGAGGAGGAGGAGGGUGAAGACAGAGGGUUUGUGUUCGGAGAGGAAGACGACACAGCGGAGGUUGUUUCUGUAGCUGAACGGACGGACGAGCCCGUCGUAGAGGAGGAGGAGAAGAAGAAGAAGAAGAAGAAAAGUGAGGAGCAGAUCUCCAAGUACAGACAGCUGCUGAAAGGCAUCCAGGACAAAGAGAAGAAGAUCCAGGAGGACAAAAGCAUGGAGAUGGAGAUCACCUGGGUGCCAGGACUGAAGGAGACGACGGAGCAGCUGGUGAAGAAGAAGAUGGAGGGGAAGGACAAGCUGACGCCCUGGGAGGAGUUCCUGGAGAAGAAGAAAGACAAGAAGAAGAAGAAGAAAACUCAGAAAAAACAGGGAGCUGACGAGGAAGAGCUCAGCGAUGACGAGCUUCCUCCAGACGUCGACCUCAGUGACCCGUUCUUCGCUGAGGAGCUCGGUGCUACAGACCUGAAGAAGAAACCAAAGGGGAAGAAGAAGAAGCUGGAGGAGGAAGAGGAGCGGACACCUGAGGAGGAAGAGGAGCUGGAGAGACAAAAGGCUGAGAUGGCUCUGCUGAUGGAGGACGACGCAGACGACGUCAAACACAAACACUUCAACUACGACAAGAUCGUAGAGCAGCAGAACCUGAGCAAGAAGAAGAAGAAGAAGCUGCUGAAGAAAGGCGAAGAGCCGCAGAACGACGACUUCCAGGUGGAUGUUAAAGACCCUCGUUUCCAGGCCAUGUUCACCUCUCACCUGUUCAACCUGGACCCGUCUCACCCGAGCUACAAGAAGACCAAAGCCACGCAGAGCAUCGAGGCCGAGAAGCAGCGACGGCGAGAGGACGAGCAUCGCCGCAUGGAGGACGCCGUCAGCGCUCCGAAGGCCGCCGCCGCACCCACACAGGUUGCGGAGGACGCCGCGGGUAAACGGCAAAAAGACUCUGACGCUCCGCCGCCGCCUGCGGACGCCUCGGCGAAGAAAGCGAUGGACCCCGGACUGUCUCUGCUCGUCAAGUCCAUCAAAAGCAAAACGGAGCAGUUUCAGGCUCGGAAGAAACAGAAGCUCAUGUAGGUUCAACUCAACGGACACAAACUGCUUCUUUCUAAACUCAGACUCGGUGUUGACGGUCGUUGGUCGAACUCGUCAACAUUUAUGUCGGACUGCAGUGCUUCUUUCUUUCUUUCUUUUUUUUUUAUGUGCCGGUUUGUACAGAAAAAAUCCAACAACAUGAUGAUAAAAACAA